CAAAAUGGCGCCCAACUGUCGGUGUGUGUGAAUCAUAACAAGCUGUUUCGUGGGCUAAAAAUAUUAAACGUUGAGAGGAUUCAGGUACUUCAUGGUUAAAAGGAGACUCUGAUGCCAAUAGGAAUAGCAAAUGUUUGUUUUAACAGCGCACGACUCUGAUUUUCCGUUUCAACCAACGUUUCUGUAGCUCUUGUAUAAAUAUCAAUGAACAUCCACCUAUAGUCAAGCUUUUGAUUACAAGACGAGAAUGAAGGGCGAUACAUCACGUUAAUUUAAAACAAUUUUCAAGUAGGGAUAACUUGUAAUUUGCUACAACCUGACCUCUUGUUGCAAUCAGACAACAUGGCUGACUCACAGAUUGUCUCCAUCACAGCUUCCCUUGUCAGGGAAUACCUGAGCCGAAAGGUAAGCUUAGAUUUCCAAAGAAGGCUUAAUCUUAGCAUAUAUGUGCUGGUUGGCAUCUCUGUAUAUUACAGGGUAGGGCAUUACAUCUGCAACCCCUUUUCCUUCCCUAAGGAUGGCAGGUUUUUGAAUAGGGGGUUCAGAUUAAGAAAUUGACAAAAUUUUGACCCUUCAGAUAAUUUUUUUAAAGUUGCCUACAUUAACCCUUAAGAUUUCAUUUUUCAAAAGGUGCCUACAGGAAUUGAAGGGUUCGGGUUGCAUGGUGCAGACAAUAGAAUGCAGAGUUCUAGUGAACAUGUAUAUCUGCCGUUGUACACUUAAUGUCAGGUCCCAAGCUAGGGAAAGCAUUUAGUUUUGUUUUCCUGAGAGUCCUACCCGGUAAUUACCAUGUUUGCUCAUUCUAAAUGGCUGGACUUUGGCCAAGUUCCUGUCUUUUAUAAUAAUAUUAUUAUUUUUUGAACCUCAACUUUGUCUUUGGCUAUAAGCACACCAAAAGAACCCUUUGCAUUUGAGUUAACAUUGACAAAGCAGGCUUUGUCUUUGUUAACUCGUGAAAUGUAUAAUGGAAGCAUUUUAAAUAAUGACACACGCAUUUGUUUAUGCACAAGCAGGGGCUUAAGACCACCUUACAGACCUUGGUCAAGUUCCUGUCUUUUGUAAUAAUAUUAUUUUUGAACCUCAACUUUGUCUUUGUCUAUAAGCACAUCAAAAGAACCCUUUGCAUUUGAGUUAACAUUGACAAAGCAGGCUUUGUCUUUGUUAACUCAUGAAAUGUAUAAUGGAAGCAUUUUAAAUUAUGACACCCACAUUAAUUCUGUUUAUGCACAAACAGGGGCUUAAGACCACCUUACAGACCUUGGAUAAAGAAAUGCCAAGAACUGAAGAUAGGUACAUGUCACUCCAUAAGAUACAUCUGUACUGAGUGCUUUUAGUAAAAACUUAGAGAGUUUUGGACAAGAAAGGUGCAUGAUUGUGCCAGUUAGGUCAAUUUUCUUUACAAGUACAUCCAAAACAACAGAUAACUUUAUGUUCACCAAACUUUGUUGUGGGAAUUUAAUUUCUAGGUUUUAUUUUUCGUGAGAAAUGUGAAAAAUUUGUCAAUAUUUUGCUAUUUUAAUUUCUAUAAAAAAUAAUGUUGUAAUGUAAUAAAAUUUUGAUGGGCAGCAAAUUAUUGCAUUUAACUGUACUGUGAAUAUUCUACAAAGCAAAUCUAAUAAAACAAAGAGGUUAUGAAAUGUGAAUGAGUAACGUACAGUUAAGUUACUAACUAAUUAUUAUAGUCGCAUGGACAUAACAACUCACUGUAAGUGAACCAAAUGAAGUAUGCAAAAAAAGAUAUUCCUUUUAGUGAUAAAAAUGCACUUAACCCACCAAAUAAAGGAACCUAUCUUCUUUUGAUUUAUUCCAUAGCAUUAGCAACCGUCUGCAACUUGCCAAAGAGAUGCACAUAGAAAGACUCAUGAAAAAGAAUAAGGUGGGUAGUAUGCAAUGGUCUCCACUGUUACAGUCAGAAUUUUCAAUAAUAAUUAUUGCAUUCUGCACAUUAUCUAAUCAGAAAAUAAUACUACAGUCAACUCUCUUUAAGAUGGACACUUAUGGGACGGGCACUAAGUGUCCGUCUUAUAGAGAGUCAAAUAAAGGGAGUCAAGAAAGGCGGGGACCAACUCUAGGUGUCCAUAUUACAGAGGUGUCCGUCUUAUAGAGAGUCAAAUAAAGGGAGUAAAGAAAGGCAGGGACCAACUCUAGGUGUCCCUUUUACAGAGGUGUCCGUCUUGUAGAGAGUCAAUUAAAGGGAGUAAAGAAAAGAAGGGACCAACUCUACGUGUCCAUUUUACAGAAGUGUCCAUCUUAAAGAGGUGUCUGUUAAGCAUUAUCUUAGGGUUAUCAGGGCUGUCAGUCAGAGCCAGGGGUGGGGGAUUUUCCCCGGCUACUAUGAACGUGGCCCUGACUACCUUCAUAGGAAAAUAGAACCAAAGCAAAUCCUUACCUGUUUGAUUCCCCGUCUACUGUUUGUAUCUACCUGGCAACUUGAAAUCUUAGUCUUUAUGCAAAAGUUCUGCCAAACUCACCCACCCAGUACUCAACCUCUUUAUCCCUACUGGGACAUAAGACCUUGAUCAAGCUUUGACACUCAAUCCUGUUCUGAGCUUUGGCCUGUGAUUCACCCCAUGUUAGACCCAUCUCCUCCAGCUCUUUCAUCACUAUUCUUUACCAGGUAGUUUUUGGACCGUGCCUUUUCCCCCUCCCAGUUGGAGUCCAUCUCAUGGGUAUCCUGUCGCUGGGCAUGCUUAGAACAUAACCAAGGCAUCACAGCCUGUGGCUCAUAAUAGGCUGAUUUAGCAACAGAACGGGAGUGUCAGUUGAUGACGGAAAAGUGCACGAAAAGGACUGAAUGCAACUGACAGUGCCCAAUUUCCCACUCUGCCAUUAGUUAAGCCAGUUGUUUCAUUUGUGUGCGCUGUCGUCAACUGACAUUCCUGUUCUGUUGCCAAAUUAGCCUAAUACAUGUAUUUUGAGAGACUGUACCAUACUGUCCAUCUUUUUAUACAGCUCGUCAUAAGUGAUCUUGAAAGUUCUGCAAAAGAGGUUUCAUUGUUUUGAAUGGCAACACCAUUUGUCCGCAGACUGAAUAAUGUUACUGUUUUGUAGAGUGACAAAUAAUCUGGCGAUAACUUGGUGGAUGAGUGAAAAGGUUAAUCAGGAAUGGGUUGCAUCUCAUUGGAAUUGAUUGAAAUCUCCCUGGUAGACUUAUUCAAAUGCACAGGCAUAGUUUUGAUUGUGUCGUUUCUUCUUUGUUUAGUCAAAAGUUCAAAGGUACCUUGGAACAUACAUUCACUAGGAAUUUUAGUAAGAAAUAGCUGACUAUUACUUCUAGGUGCCCUGAAUUCUUUGCAGAGCUAACUUGCCAGCUCUCUGUACAUGUACCAAGAGAGAAUUAUAUUCACUGCUUGAUUUCCAUGAUUGAAGUUACCAGCCUAACCAAGAAUCUUCUUUCCUACUUAUUGUUUGGUCAGGAAUUACCAGAACCAUUUCGUACCAUGCUGGAGGUCAUGGUUCAGUUUAUGAAAAAUCGAGACGUUCAAAGUGGCUCAACAUCUGUUGGAGCAGAUAAGUCAAGUCAAAAGUCAAAGCAAACAAGGUAUUAAUAACACUGCUGCAAGAGCUGUUUGUACAACAAAUGAAUAAUUGAAAAUGGUUCCUCCCAGAUAAAAUUGGUACCACACAAAUUCAAAACAUUUCAGUACCACUUUUGAGGAGUGAGGGCAUGAACAGCCCAGGAUGGGGGUACUCCCAAUAAUGGCGUAUACAGGGAGGCUUCGCCCAAAGGGGUACCUUUUUCAGGCUUCAGGGUUGUAUAUGAAAGGGCAGGGAAUUUACUGGUUGAAGUUAGUAUAUAUAUAUGUCAAAUCAGUCUGUAAAAGGACUUAAAAGUCUAACAGAUGCAUCUUGGGCCUGUUGAAAUGACAAGAAAACUUCCUGGUUUAGUGAUUUAUUCACAAAGACAGUACAUUUACAGUACUCAAAAGAAAUGCAUGCUUUUUGACCUUAUCACAAUGUAGGUAUGUGAAAAAGGUUGGGAAAAGGUACCUUUUCUGACUUGGACCUCAGGGCAGAACCUCCCUGUACAAUGUACAUGCACAUAUCUUCAUUGAGUGCCCUCAUCCCCCUCCGGGGUAUUCAGUCAACUCUUGAAUUUUGUCUGUAGAGGCACUCCUUUCAGUGAGUUCCAUGUACAUGUACUUCAAUGGUAUGGGCACCUUUCAAUGUAAACUGACAUCGAUGUAUGGACAUGUAUAUAAAGUUAACUCCUUCCAGUCUUCUCCUCAGUUCUUUUCUAAGAAUAUUGACGGCCUCUUAGUACUCUAUGCUGUUCAUCUACACUGUACUGUGGUAACUUCAUUUGGUGCAUUUGACUGUCAGGGAAAGAAAAAAAGAAUCCAGUACUAGGACAACUGCACAACCAUCAAAUAAUGAUCUCAUCGAUAACAUGGACAAACUGGGUGAUAAAAGCGACAGAAAAGACUAUGACGAUCUAUUUAAACGCCUGGAAAAACCUUCAAGCAAAGUUCACGGCUCUCCAACAGGCAUAAAGUUCGCUAAUGACUCCACCCAGAUGCAAGUCAGUACACAGAAAGAUGAUUUGCAUAAAGGAGGAGGUAGAGAGGCAAGUGAUAUUGGUGGAUUACUACAAUCAGGGAGCCUGGGGCCAACUGCGUCAUUGUCGGAUCAAAUGGCAUUGAAACAGAAAAGUAAACGGAGACUUAAUAGCAGUAUUGGUGGACCAGUUAUUAGUUCUGGACUUGCUGUUAAAAGAGACUCAAGAACUCGUCAUAGUACUGGGAGGCUUAGUGGCAGUUUAACUGCAAAAAGCAUUGGAAGCUUGUUUGGAGAUGAUGAGGACAGUAAAGAAUUGAGUAGUGUAUCCACUCCAGAUCAUGAUCCAUUGGUUAACAAAGUAAGGAGUUACUUUGCAGUGUAUGUCUGGUGCGGUAUAUCUACAUCAUUAGGGACCGUUCAUUUUUUAUGAAGUAGGGGGGCUUGGGCUGGUGGGAUUUGAGGGUAGACCAUGAAAAAAAUAUGGCUUUAAAGGGGGGUUCAGGAGACAACUAUUGGGUGUAAAGGGGAGGGGGGGGGUUACCAAUAAAAUCCUUCAAGUUUUGUGGGGACUAUACUUGUAAUAAUGCAAAGAGCCUACCAGAAUGCAAAAAACAGCGUUUCUGACGUUCAGAAAGUUUACAUUUUGCCGGGGAUGCAUGCCUCCGGACCCCCUACUUAAUUAAGCACCAAAAAGUAAUUCUACCCCACCAAAAUAAAAAACUUUUACGUAUUAACAAACCAAUUUACGUAUUAACAAACCAAUUAAAAACAACAUGGCCGUCCUCACUUGGUAUACCAUCCAAUGUAGUAAAUAUUUUGUACAAAAAUAACUACGUGUGCUACUUUUUGAAGCUCCCAAAGUCUCUCUUGCGGUUUUCGUUUUUUAAUAAGACUCCUUUGCAUCGUCAGCUUAAGUUAUAUAGACAAUGUCUGUUCUCUACUUAUAUGGCCAUUCAGAAAGUGUACUUGAUUUAUGUUCUGUCAAUUGGUUCAUUUUUUCUCCAUCCUUUUUUCUGGCGGCGGGGGGAAUGUCAUCUCAAUUAAUCUGGGAUACAAGAGGGAACCCCCCCUAAAAUAAUUUCUAAUGAAGAGGGGUGUCAUCAUAUACUACAGGAGCUAUCCGUUAAAUUCACCAACACCCCCCUCCCUUCUCCCGCCCUUAUUAGGGCGCUUAAGCAAAGGCGUUUCUAAGCAACACAUGGCAGUCGAUUUGCCCAAAUUUUCAGGCAAAUUAACAAACUAAGCAACAUAAAUUUUAUAGCAUCAAGGCAUAUUAAAAGGGAAAAAUGCUCACUUUGGGAAAUGGCGUCGCUCAAGAAGGCCUCUUUUUAAGCUCCCUAUUGAAUAUAAUUGUAACACGAGACACCCCUGAUUGACCCCCUAAAAAAUUUGUACUUGGGAGAAUUUGUUUAAAGAUCAAAGCAUUUUUCCUUAAUUUGGCUGAUCAUUUCAUUGAUUCUCAUUGCCUUUUCUUAUGCUUUUUAAUGAUAUUGUUCGGAAAAAUUAGCCUGCCAGCAAGCUCUCCAAGGUGCUCUGGUGGCGGGGCGAAAGGAGAAAAUUGACGUUAGUCAUUCUUUCAGAUUUAAAGGUUUAAGGAGUGUUGUCCAUCUUUGAACUUUAAUUUCUUGACUCUAGUUCCUCAAUACUCGCCUGCGUAGUUGAACUGAAGGGACUUUGCACGCACGACCGAGUAAUUCCAUAGAUGUUUCUAUUUGUUGUUGCCUUGGCUGUAUAAUGUCGCGAUAAGAAAGGGGAUGAGUUGCGCUCAUAUGAGGUGGGCUGACUGGUGCCAAUUCACCACCCUGAUUCUGCCAGUUACGUAUAGGCUAGACUUGCCACAAGUCGACCUCACGAGUUUCUAAACGAGCGACGAAGUUGUGAGGGGUCUUGGACGAAGGACUUUUUUGAAAGUUUACGUAUAGGUACCCUGCGAACAGAGGUUUCUGUCUUGCAUGGCUUUUAGCGUUUACGAAGUCGCCGGUUCGCGUGGCGUGUCUGUCGUGUGGUUAGUUUCUUUCCGCCCCGUGAGACGUAAACAAACUAACUACGCGACAGACAAGCCACGCGAACGACUUUGUAAACGCUAAAAGCCAUGCAUGAGAGAGACCUCUGUUCUCAGGGUAGCUAUAGGUUACCUGGAUACUUACUAGAGUAUCGAGUUUUUAACCCAAAGGAAUGUGCCUAAGACGUUUUUAGUAUAAUGUCGACCUCUGGAAAUGAGGUCUCCGUCGUUUGAGUCAAGAAAUGUCUUACAUUUGUACAAUAGUGGCCUUAUUUUCCCUUUUCGGCAGACUGAUGAACUUCACAAUACGCAGGAUGUUCCUGUUGACCGAAAGGGAAGAGAAAAACAUAGACCGUGAGUAUCACUCUAAAAAUUAUCGACUCCUUUUUUUUUCUUUUUAAUAAUUUGGGAGACAGAAAUAAUAAUUACCUGCAUAGAGUAUACUUCGCGUUUAACAUUAUUUGUGCUUAAAACGUUGUGUGCUCAAAAAUUAUAUCAGUAAGGAUGAUGUUGCUGUAUACUGUUUAUUUCUAUUUUUCAUUUUUUCAGGGAAGAUAUUUCAGCUAAACAUCAUAGAAGAAACACAUCUAAUGAAAUCUCAAGGUAGCUAUAAGUUAAAUGAUGUUCUCAGUACUGGCGUUCUAGAAUCAGGUCUCCCUCUGUCCCUUCAAGUCAUCUAGAUUUUCAACUGUUUGUUUUUUUCUGCUUAGAAACCAGCCUGUCACCAGUACAUUGAGGAAUCAGAAGGUAAUACUAUGAUUAUUUGAACAGUGGAUGAACAGUCGAACCUCCACUCGGAGGUUACAGCAAUUGCACCAAAGUCAUUAACCACCUUUUUUUUGUUUACUUAAGGCUAAAAGCAGCGAUCUGGUGUUUGAAGAUGUUGACGACGACCUAGAUCAAGAACUUGGUCAUUUAACCUUAGGUAUGGUAGAUCUAUACAGUCGAACCUCCAUGUGCGACCAUCUCUCGUAAGCGAUCACCUCCCAUAAACGACCGCCAAUCCAAAACAAUAAAAUUUUCCCAGUGAAAGCCUUACAGCUGGAACCUCUAGUAAACGACCACCUCGGUCCUCCUAUAAGCGACCGCGACUACUUUUUGUGCCUGACUGUCAAUGAUUUUGCAUUGGUUUUAACCUCUUGUAAGCGACCACAGUUGACACAUUCUCUGAUCUCUAGGUUCGCUGUGUCCACUAUGCUUCUUACAAUAUACAAAGAGCUUUAAUGACCACGUGGAACUACAAAUGUCGUAAUUAUCUUCCAUAAAGUAGAUGUGUCUGGACCUCUUCUCGGAAGAGGUUCCCUGUGGUUCGAUUCUUGUAAACGACCCCCUCCCGUAAGCGACCACUCAUUCUUUUCAUUUUGGGUGGUCGCUUACGGGAGGUUCGACUGUACGUGUAAAUAUGAUGGUCUGAAAGCUGUUUAAUCCGACUGUAAAUCGAUUCACCUCAGGGAACCCGCUGGAUAAACCUCGAUUUGUCCAUUGUCAGUGUAAGACCUAUUAAGAUCAAUAAAAGGAGGGUUUAUUGACUCCAAAAUACUCUAGCUCUAGCUACUCUCGUGUGAAGCUGCUGGUAACACCAUACAGUCAAAUCCCGUUUUACGGACACCUUUUUGAUUGGGACUUCUUAUUAUUUCGAAUAGUUUUCUUUGUCCCUAGCCUGGGGAAAUAGAGCCCUUACAUUUUCUCUAACUUCAACCCCCUUUAUACGGACACCCCGUUAAUAAGGACACUUUCUCGGUAUCCGUGUUAAUUGGGUUUGACUGUACACAGAAACAAAUAAAUCGUUAAGAUCUCCCGCCAGGAAAUGGAUCCGUAAACAAAAACAAACAAACAAACAAAUCACUCCGUAUGUGGACGUAGCGCUUGCGUUGGGGCGGGGCUUGAACUUGCAAAUCCAAUUCCAGGGCUCUAACCAGCCUCUUACCCAGGCCAGUUCGCGCUAUCCGAGUUACCAGAGGAGGCUUGGAACUGAGCGCGAUAGCGCGAGGCGUCCUCGGCGAAUUUUCCCGACAAGCUUGACAGGUGACGUCACAUCCGAAAUCCCCGAGGACAACUGAGGACGAGGCUGGGUUCUAACCUCUCUGCCACGGUUCCUCCAAAUGUAGGACUUACGUCCUUCUGCACUUAGAGUUUGGUUAAUUGAAAGCUGCUAUAACAAAAUAUUUUAAGUUUACUCAUAUUUUAGGUCCAAAGAAAAUUACGCAAGUUGAUGUCCAAAACAAACCUAUCACUUUGGAAACAGCAAUGGUAGGUGCAAUCUUAUGGUCUUGAAAUUUACAUGUAACUAGUGAAAACUUCCAGUGACUCUUUCUGUAUGUUAUUGUAUUCUUUUUCUUCUUGUAAUAUGUUGAACUUUUCAUCACCUAUGCGUACUAUGCGUAACGUUUUGUCCCUCCUAGAUUAGCUUAAUAGCUAUUUGCGGGGUAUACAACACUGUAAAACUUUAUCUUUUGUUGUCGUUUUAACAUUGUUGUUGCUGUGCAUAAAAAGGCCGUUUCAUCCUUUUUGUAAUUACAUUUUGAAGUCAAUCUUAUCAAGACAAGGACUUUGUUAUAAUGCUUUCCCCUUAGCCUAUUACAGUCUACGCCCCCCUAGUCCUUAUCGUCGCAAGCGACUGCUAAAAGACAAUAAUAAUAAUAAUAAUAAUAAUAAUAAUAAUAAUAACAAUAUAAUAAUAAUAAUAAUGAUAAUAAUAAUAAUAAUAAUAACAAUAAUAAUAAUAAUAAUAUUUAUAGAGGAAGCCCAACUCGCCAAGGCGGUUUUCAGUGGGGCCCUCAUGCAUUAAUUUAACUAAUUUAAUCAAUUAUUACGAAAAAAGUAAAAUAAGUUUGCAAGUAAAAAAUUUUAAAACAUUUAAAAUCUUAAAAUCGAUUAUUCAAAAAAUAUCAAGAACGCCUGAUCACGCUGACACACUUGAUUUAGGCAAUACCCUGAGUAACUAGUCGCCUAUUUACUGAUGCAUUUGUUGAUCACAUUAGGGCUUGAAGAAUCUUAUAUUUGGAAAUGCCAAGUCGAGCUUUACACCUGAAUGGAGAAAUCAAAGCUUUUCAUUCUGUGACUUAUAUGGACUGGAAUACGGAAUUGUACAACUAAAGGUAAGGUCAAGUUAAUGCGAAUAUUUCGCUUGAAUCUCUAGAAAAAAAGGGAAAUUGUUUGAACCAUACAACGGUGACCAGUGGUCCAAGCUGCGACCGUUUUGGUUGCCAUGGUGAGUAAAAAACAAAAUUUUGCGAUUAAAAGUGCAGCGAAAGUCGCCAAUUGGGUACACACCUGUUUUAGGCGGUAAUGCGGCCAAGCCGUUGCUUUUUCAAUAAGUAAGUUUUUAGUGAGAUAACAUUUGCGUGAAAUAGUUAUCAGUUACGCUCCUGGCGACCAUUAUAUGAUUUUAGGUUGCAAAAAGGCAACUCUGUAGCACUGAAAGUCUUCAGAUUUUAAAACAAAUGAAUAAAAUAAUUAAUUAAUUAAAAGGAACCCUAGAGUGAUCAGCCUCAAAGUUCUCCUUGUAGUAUCUUUGCUUUAUAAAACAUAGUGAUUAGAUUAUGAUAUUAGGGGUUAUCGUUGUUGUUGUUGUUGUUUUUCAGGGUGGACCCUGUGGAGUGCUCGCUGCUGUACAGGCGUUUGUCCUCAAGCAUUUGCUGUUUGGCGGAAAGAAAGGGGACUCUAAAAAGUACAUUGUGUUUCAGAUACAAGAGUAUCUGAUGUUUACUCAUUUUUUUCUCUAGGGUAUCUUUAAAUACCACGAAAAUGUCUGUUGGUUUGAUGAUUUAGUUUAGAUUGUAAAUAAUCAUUUUCAGUUGUCGUCCCUUUUUCUUGCAAUAUUCUGUACCAUUGACGUCAUUUCAAAUAGACUGAGCGCGGAUGCCAAUGGCGCCUUUGUAUGCUGACGUCCGAGCUUACUGUUCACAUGUUAUAAUAUAUUGUAAGAGGGCACGUCUGUUGUCCUCUCAUCCACGACUCUUCAUUUAUUCAUUCGUUUUAACGGAUAUCGCAAGCGUCUUCCAAAGUUGGUCAACGCUAGCUGGUUAUAUUAAGGUGUUUCGAUACAGUUUUUCAGAGGCCAUACCGAUAUUUUUCUUAUAAGUGGUUUUUUCCUCCUCCAAUCGCUAUAAAAUUUUCACCUGUAAUUGCCUAUGGAUUGAAAUUUGUGAAAAUGUAGUUUUAAGUAAAAUCGAUAUUACAAUGACAACAAUAAACAAAAAACUUUGAAAUUGGUAAAAGCCGAAUUUUGUGUGAUGUAGACCAGCUACUGAAAAUCCAACACUAGGAACUUAAAGUUUGGUGUCUAGCAAACGAUCUCCUUAAGAAGUAGAAAAUUCUGUAUGUUUGAAUUCGACUAAAACGAAAAUAUAUGUCAACCCUUAAAUUUUCAAUAGCCGUGAUAGAUUAUUUAAUAAAAACCUUAUAAAUGAUUCAAAUUAUUGUUAAGUAGCGUCAGAAUGCGCUUAAUAUAGUAUUUUGAUGCUAGGAAAUCUUGGUGUAUUUUUGUUCUUGCGAUCUAGAAAACUAAGACGUUUUCUCACCACCUGUCUAAGUGCAACUUCAUUCAAAAUUUGGACUUUUCGUGCUUUUUUGUAUAUCUCUGAAACGACUGGAACGAAUUUUUUAAUAAUCUCCUCUCAUAAUCUUCAUAAUGUAUAUAAUAAUGUGUCAAACUUUCAUUAAGAUUGAUUCACUGCAACACCUUGAAAUUUCAAGACAAACCUUUCCUACGAAUCGGUCAAAAAUCUGCGUUACAACAGUCACUGUUUUGACGUUAUGCUAAUUGUUCCAAAGUAAUGCGAACUAUACAUACCUAAAUGACCAGUACAUUUUAGUUUGAAUUUAUCGCAUCUUUUGAAUGUAAAACAUCGACAAUAGUCACACUGAAAUAUAUUAGUCAUGGAUAUAUGUAUUGUCCGCAUUAAUUUACUUCUCACGGAGGUUAUUUGCUAAACAUCAAACUUUUUUUGCUAGUGUUGAAUUUUCACUAGCUGGCCUAGAUCGCGCAAAAUUAGGCGUUUCUCAAUUUCAAAGUUUUUUGUUUAUUGUUGUCAUAGUAAUAUCGAUUUUACUAAAACCCACAUUUUGACAAAUUUCAAUCUAUAGUCAACCAUUGUUGAAAAUUUUAUAGCGAUCAGACAAGGAUAAAAUCACUUUUAAAGUGAUUGAAAAAUAUCAGUAUGGCCUCUGAAAAACUAUAUCGAAACACCUUAAAGAUGAGGGAUUUGAGCCAAUCAGAAACGGAGAAAUUAAAUGGCGAUAAUAAAUUUUUUCCCAUUACCCUUGUCAUUUCCAUUUCUAGUAACAACUUCUGAGAAUAACUCAGCCAUGCCCUUCUUUUUCGGCUGCUCCUGUCCGGACGUGGUGAUUAUGGAAACUAGUUUUUUUUAAUCUUUUAAUAAAUCCUAUUUCAUGUUCAUUUUAGGAAACUUCAGCCUUCUUCACGAGAAAGAACCAAAGCUCUUACAUCAGCUAUUAGUGAAAUAUUAUGGAGGGCUGGUGACAGCAGAGGUGCAGUAGUAGCCUUGUAAGUUGCUCUCGAAUUUAGUUUAUGCAUUAUUUAAAAAACGAGCAGGAGUGUUUUACCGAGUUUGAAACACGAGGCGUUGCCGUGAGUGAUGUGUCGAUAUAGAGUGAUUGUCAUCGGGCACUCCACUCUGCUCAAGGUGGCCUCAGCCGAGUCACAUGUCUGGACUGCCAGUGCCGGUAGUCUUCUGGGUCAGCCAUAAUAAGGACUUUAAGAUCCAACGACGCGGACGGCAACGCGAAAGUAGAAAAAUCAAUAGGUUUUAUCAGCAGACAACAACUUUGAACAAGUAGACGAAAUUUUAUCUCUUUCUGAACAUGGUUAUGGUCCCUAGGAAUUCAACUGCAGAAGGGUUCGCCUACAUUCGACAAAGUAAGAGGGUAAUGAUUGCGAUAAAGACUGAAAGAACGCAAAUUCACUUUUUAAGCGACGUUCUCGUUGCCGUCGUGUCGUUGGAUCUUAAACUCUCUAGUGGUAGCCUGCGUCGCAGACGUAAUCUUAUCGCAGUUAGUAACGUCUGCGAAGCAGCCCAAAGGUUCUUGUUCGACGCCCCAAACGGACUUGAUGAAUCAGUUAUCGGAAGGGCGUUUGGAUUUCCCUUCAACCCGGACCAAUCACGGCGCGUACUCAAUCCUGGUACACAGGCGGCGCCUUGAAGAACGGUGACGGAAGAACGGAAGAACGGCGACGGCAACGGCAACGACAAACACCAAAAGCCGUGCCUUUUGGUACGUUAUUUUACCGUUCUCUACGUAAAAUUUGUUUUUUGCUGAAUGUGGCGAACUAUGAAGUGGGUGACCACAAGACGUCGAUGCGAUCAAAGUUGUUUUCGCUGUCGUCGUCGUUGUGAUUGCUUAAGCUUCUCGAAUCACAUCCAUUGAGACCAUAGCAAUAGAAAACAAAACCAAAAUAAAACAUCAAACAAAACAAGUCAAUAACAACAAUCAAGACAUGGCCUUUCGUUUUCCCUUUUAUGGUGUUGUUAGUUUUGCUCUUACAACUCAAAAUUAAGUCAGUCACUUCACAUCCUCUGAUUCAUAUCUCUCGCCCCAAGAAUAACGUCGCUUGAAACAAAAAUCGCGCAACAUCUUUGAGGAUGGAGCAAUCACCAAAUCAAGUAACACAAAAUAUCGAAAAGACACCUUAACUCGGUAGCUACAAUAAUUUCGACAACACCCGAAGUUACAUCCCAUUUAGUUAAUUCUCACAAUUUAUUUCAGACCUACUGGUGGUUCUAAUGUUUUUGGUGCUGGGCGAUACAAACCGGACCAGUUAACAGAAGCGGUAAGUACUGCAAUUUCCCAUAAGAUCACCCGACGUCUACCCCCUGACAGAACGUUUUAAAACAAGAUGGGACAUUUCACGCCAAAAUGGUUCGAUCGUGACAUUUUUACGGGAAAAUAGGGUUGAGAAGUCACUUUCCGUGAAGGGUGACUUCGUAAUACAUGUUUGGCUUUACCGAAAGAGAUCGGUCUCCGCAAUAGUGCUCCCAUUAGACCUCUUUAACGAAUAUUGUUCAUGGUGGAUGUGAGAUUUGCAGGUAGACUGUUGUUACUAUAAUUGCUGCCAUAAUGCAAUAAUGGUAUUUUGUUCCUACACAUUUGCUCGGGGUAGAUUUUAGCUGUUCAAACAUAAGAUGCAGCGUUCGUACGCGUCUUGAAAACCCUUGAAAACCCUUGAAUUUCAGGAGUCCGAUUUCAAGGCCUUGAAAGUACUUGAAUUUCGUUUUUGGUCCUUGAAAGUCCUCGAGUUUUUAUUGAACAAGAUCGAAAAUGUUCUGCACUAUCUGUAAACCCAAAUUAUAAAUGUUAACACAAACAUUUUUCUUGGUUUUGAGGUAAAAUUGUCAUUAAAAAAGUCCUUGACAUUUCUAGUUAGGGUCGUGGAAAGUCCUUGAAAAGUCCUUGAAUUUUUGGCCUGAAAAAGUGUACGAACCCUGAAGAUGGCAAAAGGAAAGAGUGAGGUCUGAAUUCAGGUUUGAAAGCUAAGAAAAAUAGAAAAUUCAAUUAAAUUCUUUUUGUCUCCACACUGAUGAUUGGGUACUCUAAAAUGAAUAGAGAAAAGGUUUCUGACAAAAUGCUUUAUUAAAAAAGAAAAAGAAAUCCAGAUAAAAUUUUAACCCUGAGUUUGCUCUAAUCGGCCUUCGAACACCUGGGCCCUGCAAUGAAAGCGAUUACCUCUUUGUUAUUAUUUUUGACAAGACAUGUCCAACUGAUGUCCGACCGCAGUUAAGAUUUCGCCGAACGUGGGCCAAUUUUAGUUGGACUUUGUUCGAUGACCAACUAUUAUUUGCAGCCCUGCACGAUUGAUAAAAAUGGGCCUUGUUUGUUUUCUUACAUCAAGAUGAGGAUAUUUUUCUGUUGUACUCUACUUGCAGUUUUGUAAUUCUGAGUUAAUCACAUCUGCUCACUCACUUUUUUCUGUAAACCGCAGCUUGUGGUAUACACCUUCAAGUCUUCUGAAAGUCUUCUUAGUUUUAUCUCGCAAAAUAUAUCGCAGGUACGUAAAAUUCUUACUAGGUUGCUCUAUCCUUACCUGUUGUGUGUCUGUACAAUUAGCAAUUAUUGAAUGAGUCUGGAUAAGGUGGCUUUUAUUUCUCCUUUUCACAAGGUACCGUUGCUUACCUUUUAACCAUUGUAUCUGUUUUAUGAUGUUUGUUAAAAAGGAUUAUUUUAUUAAGCGUAAAUCAUUGGUGAAACGAUUACUGAAGUCGGUUUACUUAACAGCAAAAGUGAUACUUGAUGUGCCCACCAAUGACUUAUCGCGAUAUUUCCAAGUGCUUGACCUUGUCCGAUAAAUGCUUAUUGCUUGGAAACAAGGGCCGAAAGUUAGCGGUCUGUAAUAUGCCCCUUCAUUCUAAAUGGAGCAAAUCAGAACCGCCUCAAUGAAGAGGAGAAGUCGUUAUGUCACGUUGCCAUGGUAGCAAAAUGUCUGGAUCUGAACAAACCGUAGCCCAUGGCACAAAAAAAAAAACGAAAAAGUUAACGUGAAUUCCUUUCCUGUGCAUGAUUGCACUCAGGAACAAAACAGUAUCCCACACUUUUCUUCCAUCGUUCGACAGUGCAAAUGGCCGUCCUUGUCAAGAAAGAUUGUUAAGAUCCAGAUCAUGAUUUUGCCACCAUGGUAACGUGACGUCACACUUCUCCUCUCCCUAGGGGAGUUUGCUUGCUGAUUGUGGUUCACUUAAACCAACAUUGCCACCGUGACGUCAUGGAAGGUCCUCAUUAGGCUUCUUCAAUCCAGUUAUUCCGACCGUAAUCCUAAACAUGCCUUUCAAUAGACAGAUUUGUUGGACUGAAUACAGUUACAGUCAACCGAAUGACAAAACGUCGAUAUCGUAAGUCUAAAUGAAAGGUGUUUAGAGCGCGUCUCCAAAUUAAGUGAUGUAUCGUUUUUCAGUGCAACUGGUUUGCCAAAUUUUCGUUGUCCAAUUCCCGUCUCACUUUCAUAAUUUCACCCUGAAUCUCCAUUUCCUUUCCCUCUAAAAUCCCGGAUCCCGACCGUCAAAUAAGCGAAAUCUCGGAUCCCGAAAAGCCUACUGAGGGCCCAUCGCGGGAGGGGGGGACUCCCAUAUGAAAGGGGCGGAGAUGAUGGUCGGAACUUUUGAAUUAAAUCCCUAAAGGAGACCAAUCUGGGCGUGGCCCAACCUUUUUUGACCCGUAAAUAAACUUUGAUAACAUGAAACGCGUAAAUAAAACAAAAAGAGACCUUUACGGCUAAAUAUAAUGGCGUUUUGCCCAGAAUACCGUAAGUGAGACCGAACAUUGCACCCCUAAGCGAGACAACGAGCAUCCACGCCCCUUUAGUUCGUCUUCAACGUCUUGCGCUUGCCGGUAUAAAAUUAACAUGGCUUUACUAGAGUUUUUAUCACAGGCAUAUUAACAGCUCAUAAGAGCCAAACUUAAUCCUGAAUUAUGUACUUUCCGUAUAACUGCAUUUCAUCUAGAAAUAAAUCCACUUUUUGUCCAUUUUCAGUUUGAGUCUGAUAGUAGCAGUGGAUGUAUUUUACUGUUGUAUUCUGUGAUAUUGUCCAGGUCAAUACGAAAGUAAGUGAAGCUCUAGUAAAUGAUAUUUAACCCUUUAAGCCCUAAUACCCACAUACAAAUUCUUCAAACUAAUGCUAGAUAUUUCCUCAAAGAAUUAGUUGAGAGAAUGUGAUAUAAAAAAUCAAAGCAUUUUCCUUUCAAUGAUCAUUUCUUUAAUUCUCAUAACGUUUAGUCUUGAUUUUGUAUCUAUAUCGUGAGGAGAAAGUUGAUGUUGGUCACUCUUGGAACUGAUGGUUAAAUGAAUAAAUAACAAUGUAUGAUUUAGAUGUAGCGUAUCCACAUGGUUGUUCUUCGUCUAUUACUCCUGAUAAGGAUUGUCAUUUAGUGCCGGGGGGCGGCCAUUUCCCCCGGCUGUUAUGAGUAUGACCCCUGGCCACUUUCUUAGGACACAAAAGGAAAUAGAACCAAAGAACCUCCCAGCUGUUAAAUCCCCGCCUUCUAGUAAGUGCAUAUGCACGGCACAUUGCUUAUCUUGUGACUUACGUUGCAUCUCAUGCUGGCAUUUUGAGCUGAUCUUUGCGGAUCAGGUGUUUUAUUCCAGUCUUUGCGGAUUCUGGCUCCCACCCCCUCCCUCCCCUUUUUGGGUUUAUACGUUGGUAAGUGUGGGGUCAGGUGAAUAUUUUCCACUGAAUUUCCAUCAGUGUGACGGUGCCGGUUGGCGGCUACAUGGAGGGGUGGUUCCCGCUCGCAGGGUUGCCAUGGAUACUUCCUUGCUAUGCCUGAGGCGCUCAGCCUCCCGUCCAACCAUUAAGGCACCAGUUCCCAAGCUCAUCCAUUGGCGAUGAGUUUAACGGCAAAUAGUUGACGAGGGGCAAAGACGUAUCAAUACCAGUAGAAAUCGAGAGUAAGCCUUGGUGUAAUAAUUUCGAGAAAAAUAAUCUGCUAGUAUUAUAUUGCAAAAUUAAUAUACGAGAGCUUCUGGUAAGUUUUAUCAAGUAUUUAGUGGCCUUAAACUUUUCUUGUUGUUGUUGUUGUUUAAGAGUGAUAUCUGAUAUGGAUGAACCUCAAGGCAGGCUGAUGGGUGCUCACGGCUACUGCACGCAGGUUAGAUUUUCAAUGCAGUACAUGUAAACUUCAAUCUUUUUCGUUUACGGGUAUGGAUCAAUCUGACGACGACGACGAGGAUGAUGAUGAUGAUGAUGAUGAUUCCCCCCACUUUAAUCUUAAAUGGAAUGAAUAGUCUUUGUAGGUUAUGCCUUGGCGCGCCCAUUUAUUUUAAUAGAAUGUGUAAUAUUAUUUUUUUUGUAUGCCUGCUAACACCCAUCCUCGGAGACCCAGGGGCAGUCAGUCGGAUCGGGAGAAAGGCGGGACGAAAGUUUUCGAGUAAGUGCAAAAGAGCCCCUGGGUACCGACUUUCACCGAACUAUUUCCAAAAAUUCAAGCGGAUGCCGGCUCCUGAUUGGGCACAAAAAAUGCUUUGUAUUUUUUGGCCCAAUAGGCGAACAGUUUCUCCUGAGUUCUUUUCGUGAGUUGGUACACGACGGCUAUUGUCUCGAUCACGGCUUGUCUGGUUCAUGCACCAAAGAAAUGCACGCGGUCAGGAAACUUUCAGUUUGACAUAUUAAAAUCCCCAUCUGAUUUCAAAAUACUGUCUGCCCGAGAGCUAAAGACGCUUUUCCAAAAAUACAAGCUUGAGCUUACAACAGGUAUUCACGCUUGAAUUGGUCACGUCUUGUGUAAAUAUUAGGGAGUUUUCAAAAGAUACCACGACGGCUCACAGCCACGAAAACGUCGCAUGGAAAAGUGAAUUCACAUUUUUUUCAGUCUCUAUCGUGAUUAUUCCAACUCGCUUACUUUGUCAAAUGCAAGCGAACUCUUCUGGAGCUGAAUUUCUAACAACCAUAUCCACGUUCAUGAGGAGAAUGAAUUUUGUCAUUGCUUGUUUACGUCCUUCACAAAACAUGAAAUUAGGCAUUUUCACGGGUAGUCGUGCAGUUGACGGCAAAGAAAUGUGCAAAAAAGCGUGAUGCACGUGCAAAGUUUUUGUUUUGCCUUGUGAAGCUAUUGCUUAUUUGACUUUCUCGUCGGCGCCGCGUCUUAAACUUCCUAUUAUUUAUGAUACAUUGUGAUCCGUCAAAAACAGAAUAUUCUAGGGGCAAAUUGAAUUGCUUCUGCUGAUAGUAUCCCAAACGUUUUAUCAACUCAUCGGUAGUUCCUUCGUUUCUGGUUAGGAAAGUAGGAAAUAAAAGUUUCCAUUGCACGCACAAGCUUAGUGAACGAACCGGACAAUAGCCGUCGUGUACGAACUCACGAAAAGAACUCAGGAGAAACUCUUCUCCGAUUGGGUACAAUAAUACAAAGCAUUUUUUGUGCCCAAUCAGGAGCCUGAAUCCGCUUGAAUUUUUGGAAAUAGUUCGGUGAGAGUCGGUACCCAGGGGCUCUUUUGCCCGUACUUGAAAACUUUCGUCACGCCUUUUUUCCCAACCCGACUUACUGCCCCUGGGUCUCCGAGGAUGGCUAACACCAUUCUGACCACAGUUUUCCCAAGUGCGGUGGUAAGGUUUUCCCUUAGUCCCUUGAUGUAUCCUAGAAGUGUUUGUUACUUUGUUUGUUUGUUUCCGUCUUUCUUUCGUUCUGUCUUAAUAGCUGAAAUUUCGUCCAGUUUGAGUUUUUUUGUUGUUGUUGUUUUUUAUCAUUGGUAGCAAAAGUCUCAUUCUCAUUGUUAUUACAUGUAUUGUCCUUUACAGGAACUGGUGAACUUGUUAAUAACUGGAAAGGCUGUCUCAAACACAUUCGACAAUAUCAUGGAGGUUGAUACGGGGGGAUCGAAAAAGGUGUAGUAUUUAAGACAAUGUCAUGAAAGGUAUAGUUCAUCAUGGUUAGUGUAUAAAGGGUUUCGUUUAUCGUUUGUCUCACGGUUGUCACUAAGAUAUUGAUCGCGACUUUUCGACCGCGUACUACAGAUCCUCGUCAGGUGAUAGAGUCGACUUACUGUGUAUGACUGUUCGUACCCUCGUGGUUGUUAAUGAGCCCUGACAUUUUUCUUAAUUCAACCCUCUUAAUACGAACACCUCGUUAAAGAGGAUUUCUACUAAUACAAUGAAACCUGUAUUAAGCGGACACCCUCGGGGAAUGCUGUAGUGUCCGUUUAAUACAGGGUGUCCGCCUAAUACAGGUUUCGAUAGAUAACGUCAUAUGACGUGUCAAAUGCUAUUGCAUAUGAACAGUGGAAACGUUUAGAAUGCUCCCAGCGACUGUGACGAUAUAAGUUUACAUUAAUUUCUUUAUCAGAGUGAACCAAUUGAUCAUAGUACCAUAAACAACGAUUGCAACUCAAUUGUGAAGAAAUCAGAUGAGUGAAAAGAGCUUUAUACAAACAAAACGAAAUAGAAAACAAUACAGUACGGUGAAUCUAAUCAAAUAAGUUCGUCAAGUCAAGUUUUUAAAUGCAAAAAUCGAAAAAUUUGUAGGUGGCAAUUCGAGGCAAUCUUUCACAUUUCCGGUGUCUGGCAUGUUGGGUGGUGGAAUUUAAUUACAAGUGUCCGUUUAAUACAGGUUGGCAACAAUAGAAAUGACCAUUUCAGGUACUUUUUAGGUGUCCGCGUCUGCUUAAUAGAGGUGUCCGCUUAAUAAAGGUUUCAUUUAAAGUAAAUAAGGGACACAAAUUUUGGGACUUCGGCUACUGUCCGCGUAAUAGAGGGUGUCCGCUUAAUACGGUGUCCGCUUAAUACAGGUUUCGCUGUAUGUGAAAAAGAAUUACAACGAUUCAAUGCGAUACAACCCCAAUAUCUCGAGAGUAUCUGAAGGAAUUCCCCUUAUUCUACGCGACUGUUGAUGCCUCUGGGGUUGAGCUUCGUCCCUCUAUGCUGUUUAAUCGUUCGACGUAAACGUCUUAUAGUAAGGUUUUUUGCUUCCCAUUAAAUGCUAUCAUUCAACGAUCUUUUUGUGUUUUUUAGAAUGUCUUCAAAGGGAUAGAUAAACAAAGUGACAUCGGGUUUCUCUCCUUAUUUGAACAUUACAAGUCAUGCGAGGUUAGUGAUGACUAGAGAUAUUUCUCUGUGUAGAUCGGAGAGAAACAAGGGCGAGUGCGAUGGAAGGGGCCGGGAGGUGCUUACUAACUGUCACGGUCUUUAAGGAGUUUAAGCAGCGCCGUUUUUGAGCGACGCAGGUCAACCGGAACUGAGCCUUUUUCUGUUUUAAUAUGCCUUGGCGCUACCAAAUUUGUAUUGCUGCAUGCCUUUACUCUUAAAGAGACGAUUUGCACAAAAAUUUGACAAAAUAACGGCCCAAGAGUUCAAAAGGUCCACUUCCGCUUCACGUGCGUCGCUCAAAAACGUCGCUGGUCUAGCUCCCUUUAAUCUUUCUGCACACCUCCAAGGCUGCUUCCUGUUCGUCCUUUGUACUAAGGUUAGGAGAUUCUUAAUGGAACAGAACUCGUUGUUCUUCUUUUAUACACUGAGGCAAACCUUGGGCGGAGCUCCCGUCCAUAAUAGUCGACGGUGGAAAUGAACAGGCUGUUAGAUUUCAUUUAAGUAUUCUAAUAGGCAAAGACAUGACUGUUCCUGUGUUUUUUUGCGUUUGACUACAGGUGGCUAAAGUGCACUUUAGGAAACCCUGGUGCUUUAAUAUGAAGUGUAGAGCUGUUUGUAUUGACAAAUCUAGCAGAUAUGGGCCAAAACGUUUCUGUCUGCACGAAGUUUUUUCAAGUUUGCGAUGUCCACUUGAGAAGUUUGAAACGAUAUAGUAUUCGAGGUCCUCAUUCCUUUUGUUAGUUUGGGACGUGCGCACUCUCUGCUGCACAUUGUCUGCAAUGAUUAAACUUGUUUUUUAAACAAUGGUCUGGGUGGUCUCUAUAUAUGUUUAGACGAUCAUAUGGAAAUAUACCCGUGAGGCGAUACAGAAUUAUCCGAACAAUUGUGGCGAUCGCAAUCGCGGCCAUUCAAUCUUCUGGAUAGAACCAAGCUCUGUAGAUAGGCCGGCUCACAUAUUUUGGUUUGCAACGUUCCAAGUAGAAAAUAGAGGCGACUGAAACAAUCCAGAUUAUUAUAAGGAAAUCAGGCUUAAGGCUUAACCGGAAGGUGCAAAGGACCAGUUGUGCUAGCCUGCAAAACAGGGGGAAGACGCUGAAAUUUUUUCUUUAUUAUUUUUGUGCGCUUUUCCCUGCCGCGCUUGUUUCCCCUCCACGCCUUCUUGGUGCUCGUCCGAAAAACGCGAAAAAAAAGGCGCCCGUUCUGCAUGCUACAGUUGCACUGACAGAAGAAACAAAGAGCAAACUGCGGUGAUAAACAUAUAAGGAAAUAUAAACGCAUCUUUAUUUAUCACUGCAGUUUGUUUUUUUUGUUUCCUCUUCAGCUUAGAUGGCCAAACAACAUGAGUUUGUGCGAUGAACUCACAAAAUUCAUCAUUUCAUUUGUUACAGGUUGGUGUGAAUUACAAGACUCCCAAUUAUCCUAUUUGGGUGAUAUGCAGCGAGAGUCACUUCAGUGUCUUGUUCUCUAUCGACAGAAACCUCUUGGACGACUGGUAAGCUUAUAGUGACUAGUAAAUGAUACUGGCCAAUUAACGGCAUUUGAACUUGUAUUCUUUGAUGUUAUGAAUGUCAUUAAAAGCCUGUUAUGCAGUAAUGAGGGCACUAAUUCCUUCCGUUGAUUAAAAACACUGAUGUUAUAAAAGAGAUACUACGUUCUGGUCACUUUUAGUGCUUUACCAAAGGGCUAGAAAAGCAAAGGGAUCAUUAUGCGUUUCUUGGAAACUGCCCACCUACCCCUCCCCUAAGUCCUCUAAGCUAACAUUUUGCCCUAAGAGAGAAGUAAGUGUUAAUGUUGGCUUAGGGAAGGGGUAGGUGGGCAGUUUCCCAGAAACGUAUAGGGAUCAUUAUGCGUUUCUGGGAAACUGCCUACCUACCCCUCCCCUAAGUCCCCUAAGCCAACAUUUUGCCCUAAGAGAGAAGUAAGUGUUAAUGUUGGCUUAGGUAAGGGGUAGGUGGGCAGUUUCCCAGAAACGUAUACUCCGAGGAAAAGCUUUGGGAUCAAUUGAGGCUUCUGGGUAACUGAUCACCUACCCCUCCCCUAAGUUAACAUUAACUUUUACAUUCCACUAAGGGCAAAAUUGUUACGUAGGAGAGGGGUAGGUGGUCAGUUACCCAGAAACGUCAACUGAUCCAAGUUUUGGAUAUCUCCAAGGGAAAUUGGACCCAGAGUACUCUUGUCAAUACCGUUGGACGCUUGUGCUAAGCUUAGCAAGCCAUGGGGCCCACACCAUCGAGGUUUCUCCUAGCCUCUUUAGCAAAGAAAAACCUUGGUGAAUUGCUUUCCUACCCCGCCAUCUCCUCCGCUAGGAAAGGAAACGUCUGCCUGCAGGCUACCGCAGGAUUACCCCUUGAAGUUUGUCGCCAGGUCCCGUUAAUACAUCUGAGUGACGGAAUGAACGCGAUAGCAGGGCUUGAGCCCCGAACUACAGAUCUGAAGCCAGAGAUCAUUGCAGGGAAGUCCUAGUCAUAAUAGUGAAACGCUUGCUGAUUUCGUCGCCCCUUCCGCUUCAAUUUUUAUUACCAAAAAAAAAAAACAGAAAAAGCUACUAGAGAAGUCCAAACAAUCUCUUGAAACCAACACUGGGAGAAGGAGACCUCAAGGGAAUGUGAGCGUGUAUUCGUGGACUGACUUGGUUUAUCUUGUGUUUUCAAGAUUAUGACGAUAAUUUCAAGUGAUAGUGAUUGCAGGAUUAGAUGUGUUUAUUAUGUACUAUCUAACUGCAGGGUCAAUAUAGGAGUCGACGUAGGCUAGCGAUUGAUUGAGUGAUUGAUUGAGUGAUUGAUUGAUUGACUGACUGACUGAUUGACCAAUUGACUGUUGAUAUACACAGGAGGUUAGAGAAGAAGUUUGAACUUUAUUACUAUGAUGGUCUGGCACGGCAGGAUGAGGAAUUAAGAUUGACAGUUGGUGAGCAUGCAUUUCUUCGUGUAAACCGUCAUAGUGUAACUUAUAUGGUCUUGGUUGGAUACAUAGCUGUUACAGGCUAGACAAUGGCCCCGGAAAAGAGAUACUUCAAGGUCGUGAAAAAGUCAGGGAAGUUAUUUUGAAUCCAGAAAAAUUGAAAUCCUUUUAAGAAUUAAGAGAAAAACUAAGGGAAAAUUGAAAUUAUAAAAUCACUGGUUUAAUACCAUUAACAUGGAAAAAACGUAUUUCGGGCUAAUAUAAUCUCAGAGAUGUCUUUUCUUAAUGAAAUUAUGAUAGCGUCUCUGUAACAUGUAUGACAUCAUCGUAUUUGAAUUGAAACCUCCGUUUUCAUGAAAAAAAGAUAGGCAUGCGUUUUGCAAAUUAAAAAAAGAAGAAAGAAAAGAAAAGAAUCAACACUGUGAAAGCGUUUUACAAAACUUGCGUUUUAGGUCCCCGAAAACUCCGUUUACGUGUGGACGGCAUAAGAGUUAAACGGAGAAAAAAAUGGUUUCAAAAAUAUUCGGAUACGUGUGGACGCCUUUAAGUGAUUUCAUCUUUCUCUUGAUAAAGAUACAACAAAAGAAUGCCCAGAAUACAAGGACAAUGAUCUUGUGCCUCCACUGGAACACUGCAUACGAACAAGGUGAGACAACAGAAAGAGGUAAAAAGGUAAAGCAACCAUAUUUUACCUCGAUAACUCGUGACAGAAAUAACUGAUAUAUUUGAGGUCGACAGCACACUUAUUUUACCUCCCUCUCUCCCUUAAUGCUCCGUUUUAAGAGUAUCUAAAGCUAGUCAAAGCUACACAGAAAGGAGAGAAGUUGAAACAAAGACGUCAUGUCACCAGGGAUUGAACUCGGGACCUCGUGCACCGAAGACCACGCACUAACCAACUGUCAGGCCACCCUUGCUUCUGUCAGAAAAGUGGCCCUUUGCUUUUGGCCGAGUGGCACUGACAAAAACGCCAUGCUGGGAGGCAAGAAAGCUGCUUGGUCAAGAAAGAGAAAGUAAAUUUCUUAUUACAUUAAGGUCUGCUUUUCUUGUCGUCCCUGUAGUUUUCUUGCUCUCCAUCAAGUCGUUUUUGUACCCUGUCAUUGAUGAGCUUCAAAAGGCCCAUAAUGGCCGUAUUCACACCAGAGACGGAUUAUCCGUUGGAUAAUUCGCGUCAGACAGAUAAUAGGUCUUAAUUUGAACAUGGAAUGGUCUUAAUUUUGGGUGGAUAAUCUGCCGUCAAUUUUGACAGAUUUUGAAGAUGGAUUAUCCGUCUGAGACGUAUGAUCUGUCUCUUGUGUGAAAACGGCCAUUGGGAUCAUUUUUGACACAGAAGUGCAUUUCAAGGCUCGUUUUCAACCAUCAGGUAAUGUUUGUAGUCAUUCAGAUUAAACCUCGUCAGCUCUACUUUCACAAGUUUCUAUAUCGUGAGUGAGAAUUUUUUAGUCUGUGGAUGAAAUCCUAUCUAUGGGGUGACCAUUCAAAUGAAACCUCUUCAGCAGUACUUUCAGAUGUUUCUUUUAAUUUAGUAUGUAGCUGUUACUUUUGAGUCUGUGGACGAAAUUCUAGGGCGUGGUCAUUCAAAAGAAACCUUCUUCGCAGUACUUUAACAUCGUGAUGGUACUGUUUUAGCGUGUAGUGCUUAGUUUGUCGGCAAAUUUUUAAAGUGUUACUAUCCAAAAACCUAUUGCUUGCUCGUUAAAGGGGUAUCUGGAAUCUCUUUGAUGACGAAAAGUCUAGUCGUUUUAGGAUUUCUUCUUCUGACGCGGAGACAGGCGUGUUCGAUGUAUUUGUUGACGUGCCGGGCUGAAUAAAAGCUAGAAAUAUUUUAUGCACCAAGUCAAAAGAUAUUUUUUAACUGAGCGGACUCUCGCGCGCUGAUUGGUUGAGAGCUUUGUUCGAACAGAGUGCAGACCACGGAAAUAACGUCAUGAUGGCGCAAUUUGUUUUUCUCUUUCUCUCGCGCGCGAUUUUCCGAGAAACUUCAACGUGAAUGGACGCCAAAAACUGGCAAUGUUAUUGCAAGAAACAAAUCGACAACAAUUUUCCAUGGUCCGUACUCUAGUCUACAAUAUAAAUGACGUCAAAAUGUUCAAAACUUUGCAAUGAAACCGCGGCUCCUGGUUUCACGUGAGUUUUGAACAUUGUGACGUCAUUUCCAUGGUAGAUAAGUUUACAAACCAGGGAUUGUUAAAACCAGCUUGUAACAUGACGCAGAAUGCAAUAAUUGGCAUACGAUAAUUUGGCGUCCUUGUCCUAAGAUAGUAGUAGACUAUUAAACCCUUGUGUAUUUUUUUACUUAUCGUACAGGUGGAAGAAUGCUGUCAUAGACUGGAAUGGAUCCGAACCUAUCUUAUGAUGUUCGCCCCUUUUUGUAAUCAGGUAUCAAAGCCAGAGGACUAAAGAAUCAAGACAUAAAAUCCUGUUGUUUACAGGACAGAGGACUCUAUUCACUGGAUAAAUCUGCUUCUUUUUGUUUAGAUGAUAUCGUGAACUUUCCUCAUAGGGGCAAUCGCGACUUUCAAGUGUUUAACUGGAAACUCUCCUCAUAAAUACUUUUUUAUAAAAUGGAGACCUCUAUAUUACGGAAAAGCUUCAUAGCACUUGAAUACGGACCUAACGAUCCGACAAUGGCGACGUCCACGAAAAAGUCGUUAAAAAACAGACUUCGCAACCUUUCAAACUUUUUGGCGAUUAUCCCUAAGUUACGUAAAGAAGAAAAUUUAAGUUGGAGCUGAAGAGAAGAGACUGCGCCCGAUAUUAAGACGGAGAUGUUAGAAUUUAUUGCCUUGUCCGCUUCCCGUUCUCAAGUGAACGUAAAAUUUGACCUUGUCACGUCUGUAGUUGUGAAGGGACGGCAAUAAAAUUAACCAACAAUCGUGAUGCACGCGCAAAGUCGUGUGUGCUCAUUAAAACUGAUGCUUUUUUGACGUUCCCGUUAACGUUGCCGUCGUAUUAUCGUUAGGUCCCUAACGAUACCGUCGAACCUCAAUUAAGCGGCCAUUCUCAGGGUACAGCAUAAUCUUUAGCAGCAACAUCACUUUAUUUUGAAACAAAUCGUGACGGAGGAAGCAUUUCUUGUCAACAAUCGGUUGUAAUCUUCUAUCUUUGGACUGUAUUUUCCUUCAUCAUGUUCUUGAAAUAAAGCUAAACUAAGUGUAUCAAGCGCUUGAUGGCCGCUUAAUGGAGGUGUUCGCGUUGGAAUUUGUGAAUAUAUUACUUCAGAUGGUUGCUCAGGCGGUAAAAAAUGCGUCUUCACUUUUAUUCAGCGGUCAUAGCGAACUCGAAUACACUUUAAUAACCCUACUUAAAGUACCUACCAACUCGAAACUGGACUAUUGCUCAAAAGUGUUACGUUUUGAGCUUGGGUAUUAGAAAAAUCCCUUUUCAGUCAGGUAUUAGUAAAUCAGAAGGAAAAUAGUGUCAAGUCGGUCCGCUUUAUCGAGAAAUUAUAAGCGCACCUGUCGGUCGCGAUGACCGUUGUGUUGUAUCAAGUAUAAACAUAUUCCCAAAUGUUGCUUUCAAAAUUAAAUAUUUAUGAAGUCAUAUGGACAAAUGGCUCUGGCUUUUAAGGCAGGGAAUAAACGGCC